AUGCAAACAAGAGUGCAAACUUUCAUCUACUUCCUUCCAAUUGUCUCGAUGCUUUCGAUGAGCAGUGGUGAGCAGCUUCAGUUUCAGCUGCAGUAUACUAUGCGAGAAAAUGAGCCUAUUGGUCACCGUCUGGGCUACCUUGAUGACGACCUUCGACGUCAACAAGCGAUGAAUUUUUCUCGACUGUGUGGAGGAGGUGCCGGAUGUAAGGAUCUGCGUUUUCGUCUUCGUGAACCGUCCUCCCGCUUUGGUUUGGACGAGGCAACCGCCAUGCUCACGACGAAGUCGAUUAUUGAUUUUGAGGAGCAAUGCAUCGGGCAGUGUCGGUCCACACUUGAUGCUUUCUUGACGGUCACAGUUAACGUAUGGCAAGAAAAGAAACUCAUUGCAUUUAUCCACGUGCGCAUUCAAGUAGUCGAUGUGGAUGAUAACAACGUAGAAUUCCCAGCUGACAUCUCCAGACCAUUUGUAUUGCGAUUGAAAGAGGUGAUUUACCGAAAGGGCAAAGCCGUUGAACUGCCUCGUGCGGUAGACAAAGACGUUACACCAAAGUACUCCGCCAUUUCGUAUCGCCUAGAGUUUUCUUCCGGUCAAUGGGAAUCAAUGAAAAUGGUAGAGCUCAGCGUAACAAACGACUCGCGACCCUUGUUGGUGCUAAAGGAAGAUUUGGAUUAUGAGGAAGUAAAGGAGUAUGGAUUCACAUUGGUUGCAUGGAAUCCUGAAUCUCAAUCAGAUGGUCCAAAGGCAAUGGCAAGAGAGGCGCAGCUUCCAGUUGUCAUUCAUGUUCUUAAUAUCAAUGACAUGGAACCAGUUUUUCUACAAUCUCUGUAUACGGUUGAAGUGCCAGAAGAUAUGGAAUUGGGAACUGUUAUCAUGGAAUUGAAAGCAAUCGAUCGCGAUGCUGACGCAGUUCUCACCUAUUCGAUAAACUCAGCUCCCGGAGUUAACCUGUCGACACCGUUUGAGGUUGAACCAGAUGGCAAAGUUCGUCUACGCAAGGCCUGCGACUUCGAAAAAACUACUGACUACAAUCUCCCAAUUAGAGCUAGUGACGGCGAAUUUACUGCUUCAACCCGCCUUCACAUUCGCAUACUUGACGUUAACGAUGAGGCACCGAUUUUUAUUGUAAAUCCCACUCACAUCGCCGUCGAAGAAAAUCAAUUACCCAAUAUUCUCGUUGGACAGGUUGUCGUCCGCGAUGCGGACACGUUUGCAGUAAACGGUAAUCUUGAGUGCACAGAGCCAUCUGAGGAGCAGGACCAACAGCCCCUUAGAUUUGUGCGCCGGUCCACAUCCACAGGUGUUUCGGAUUCUGCUGUCGUCCCCGAACUCCACUUUGAUCUUUACACGAAACACACAUUGGAUCGGGAAGAUGGACCCCCUGUGCGACUCUCUCGACUUGUUUGCUGGGACAGGGUGGUCGGGUCUUCGGAUCUCAUCUACGCUGGUGAAGUUGGUCACGGAGCCGUUAGUUCAAAAGUGACCAGGCUCACGUCAACCCUCACGGUGUCUGUCCACGUACUGGACAGGAACGACAAUGCUCCCAUUUUUACUCAGCCCACUUUUACUGCUGAAUUGGAGGAAAAUAGCGACAUCAGGAAGGAGAUUUUGCAGUUAACUUCAAAAGAUUACGACACAGACGAGAAUGCAGUAACCCGGUACCGCCUGACCGACGAGAACGAAGACGCCUCCUUAUUCUACCUGAAUGAGGAAACAGGUCGUCUGUAUGCAAUGGCGCGCUUUGACAGAGAAACACGCGAUGUUUAUCACCUUCAAGUCGUUGCCUUCGACAGUAGUUCCAGUCCCUUGGAGAUUCCCGGAGCUGGACAAGGUGCCGUCUCCACUGCCUUGGUGACCGUGCGCAUAGUCGAUGUGAAUGACCAUGCCCCAAUUAUCCAAGAGACCGGGGAACUCAUUCUUCCGGAGAAUAAAGAAGCAGGCUUCUUGGUAGGCCACGUAACCGCGACAGACCUUGAUGCUGGAGCUAACGGAGAAGUAGUGUUUGAAUUGGUGCCCGAAGACCCGCGAGUUGUGUUUAGUAGCCCACAGCUAACUCAAGUUAUGGGUUUUCGCAUGACCUCUAAUGGCAGCAUCUUCUCGACAAAAGAAUUUGAUCGUGAGGCACAGUCAAGGUAUUGCUUCCAAGUCAGAGCAAAGGACAAGUCACCAGAUGCCUCGCUUUCUUCUACGGCACGAGUUUGUGUCAACGUUCUUGACGUCAACGACAAUCCACCUGUUAUACAUUCGAUUGAGGGACCGAAUGCGCGUUACGAAAGGGAUUCACCUGUGCCGAAUCCUUCUUUUCCUGGACCAGACAGCUUCGAGACGCUUUACUCCCUAGCAAUUUACGACCUUCCAAGCAUUCGAAUAUCUCUUAACGAAGCACCUGGCUACUGUGCCUUAUUAAUUCAAGCCACGGAUUUGGAUGAGGGAGAGAACGCAGAACUGCGAUACUCCAUCAACCUGGCCGCCAAUUGUACACCCCCGAAUCCUCCAGCCCCUGGAUAUGGACAAAACGCCGAUGGAAACUACCAGGAGAAGGCGGAAAGUGAGUGGCUGGAGCAACCUCGGCAAUUUCGACAGCACACGUUCAGAAUGGACGAGAGGACCGGCAAGUUGCUCUUGGUGAGGAGACUCUCCCAUAAGGAGCUGGGUGCCUACUGCUUAGAACUUGUUGUUGAGGAUCAAGGUCACCCACGACUCAAAUCUACCCAGCUGAUUGAACUAACCGUCGAGGAUACGCCGAGUCGCGGAAGCUGGCUUGGUUCUGCCAGUGGAGGAAAAGACAGCCAAAAUCAUGGUCCCUAUGCUUCAUCUCGCCUUGAGGCUAAAAACAUCCUAAUUGUCAUUGUCCUCUCAACCGUGUCGGCUUUCCUCGCCGCCGUCCUCAUCAGCGCCAUUCUCUGCAUGCUUCGUCCCUUCCACAAAUCGCGCGGACGACGCGGCAACAUGGGCCGGGCGGUGGCCGUGAACGGCGGAGGGGGCGUGAAGUUGCCGCCCUUCGCAAUGGAGCCCCAAACCAGCCCUGCCCUAUUAAUGGACUCUCGUGGUGGUGCUCUUUCCUGUUCAGAUUCAGCAACUCUGGAUGGCUGUUCAGCUGUGUGUGAUGGCACAUGGAUCGUGGGUCCCACGGGAAAUCUCAUCAGCACCUACGAUGGGAGUGAAUUAAAAAGUGGAACGUUUCGUCUACAAACUGACGGCAUGACACCCAUUUGGAGUCCUGUACGCAUGACUUCAAGCGAUUGCACAUUUGAGACAGAGAGCCUGAUUCCAGUUAGCUUCGCGUCGGAGACAAGCACCAACGCAGUGGUCUCCGGAGGUACCUUACAGCGGGGACAGCAGCACUUUCUACUGCGUCAAUCUCCCGCCGGCUAUCAGGUCCCUCGUGGGUCGGCUGUUGAGAUGGUGGCCAUUCCUUGUGGCCAGGAAGAGCAACGUUCAGACAGUGGAAGGGGAGCAAGUGACGAGGAGGCCAUGUUCCCGACGCCCUUCCAGCCCAUUCUCUGUGGAAUCCCCGCAGCCGUGAGUGGGAAGGUGUCGGGAUCUACCACGCUGGCAGCAGACCACACAGGUUUAGUCGGAACCCUUCCAAUUCUUGACAGUAACGGCAUUCCGACAACUUCAACUAGUGGGAGUGGCAUCUACUUGUGCGCUAGUUCCCUAGCUGGACACACAACUACGGCUUCUGGGAUUUCUGGACUUGAAGCAGAGUCUCAAAGAUCUGUUUCGACUUUUGUAACUGCUGUGGGUAAAGACACGACCAGCCUCCCCCGUGGCCAAGUGCCACCUUCUUUGGUUGGAAACAUCAACAAAACCUUCAGUCUACCAAGGGAGGGACUUUGCAUGACAAAGAGUUUACUUGAAGAUCAUUCUGCAGACGAGAGCGCUAGCAGACUCUGCCAGGAGAUCGACCACCUCUUCUUUGACAACAUGAUUUAA